AUGAGCUUUGAAUUGUGGCAAAUGGAGGGAGUGGAAGUGUCAGAUCCCAUGGGCGGCUAUGUAGAUGGCAAAUGUAUUAAGGAAAAGCUCAGUUUGAAUAGAAAAGCACAAAAGUUGUUGGCUAAGGUAUCUAGACAACAGAAUUGGCAGGAUGUUGUGGUUGAGUCGUUGCCUGUGCAAAGUAACAAUUUUCAAAACUUUAUGAUGGAUGUCGUGGCUUUUAGUAAUACAUCAAGUUUUAGAAGAAGGAUAAUACAAUAUAAGGUCUGGUAUUCAGCUUAUGAGGAGAACAAUACUUUGCCAGCAAUUGAACUAAAGGAAAAAGUGAAACUGAGUAAAGAUUGUAAAGAUCUGCUAAAUAUUAAAAAGAAUCUUUCAUUUCGCUUGGCCGAUUUCAUCACAGAUAAACCUACGAUUAAACUAGAUAGCUAUGGGAAGUUUCAUCUUAAUGAUUUACUGACUAAAAAAGACCGAGGUAUAUCACACAAAGUUAGAUUUCCUUUAAAAGAAUCAAAUCUAGACGAGAAGUUGAACAAUCUUUUGGAUGAGAGGAUAUCGAAGAGUGUACAGUUCCAGAACAGGAAUUAUUCCCUUGUCCAGUUCAAGCUCAUAGAAACCAGGUCAUUUUCUAAGUUUGGAUUAGACCUUAUAUGUGUUAAACGUGGGUCUAAUGUAGGUCGAAAGUUUGAAUUCAGGCACUGGCACUACAAUGACUACAGUGAUCCUAAUAAAAACUUAGAAACCAUUAGCGAAUCGAUCUACAAUAAUCUGUUCGACAUUAAUGUGAGUAAAUUAGAAUUUUAUAAACUUUCUGUGGGUGAAAGUAGCAUAAAACAUGACUUACCGUUUAAGAGUCGAGUUCGCCAGAGUUGGCAUCUGGAUAAGAUGCUUUUAAAAUCAUUAGACUGGAAUCCAUUUAAGAAUUUAAAAUCUCAAAAUGUUUUCGGUUUCUUAUAUAAACAUGAUAGCAUUUCUUGUGUUGAGUUCAAUAUCAGAAAUAAGAAAUUGGUAUUUCCAUAUUUAGUUUCAAGUACCUUGGAUUUAAUUGAUUUAGAUAAAAAAAAAUUUGGAAACUUGAGGCUGGGUAUUACAGAAGUUGAACGCUCCCUUCAAGCUGGCGAGCUGUUGCCCGAGACUGAGUUUAAUGACACCAACAGUUCUCCCAAUGUAACAACAACUGAACAAAUUAGUAUGUCCUUAGCUGUUCAAAAAAGAUCAUUUAUUGAUGAUGACCUGCGAUCUACGUUAGAUUUUCAGAGGAAGAGAAGAAAGUAUAUUUCUACAAGAGAUAAUACCUCUGCUAAUUUAUUGGCAAGCGGGAUUUCGAAAAGACAGGAAUCCCCUAAACCAACACAAAUUAGAGAUAAUCAUGGGUGUGAUACAUCAUCAUUCAAAUUGGAAGCACCUCGAUUGAGGGUUAAUAUGGAAAACAGAUAUUUCAUCCUUAACUCGGAUAAGUUAGAGGUUAAUUAUAAACUAUUACAGUUGCUACUUUCCGAAAAUGAAAAUAUUCAGAUCUUGGAAAGAUCACUAGACUUCGAUUGUGAUUUUAUCAUGAAUUAUCAGACUUGUGUCUUUAGAAUUAGAUUGUCCAACUUUUUCCAACUUUCCAACGGGGGCAAGCUAUACUAUGAAAACCAAUUACAAAGUCUUUUGAAAAAUUUCAAAACAAUCAUAAUACUUGUUGAAUAUUCAGAACUUCUAGAGACUGUAGACCAGGAAGUGUUUUGGAGACUUCGAUUUUUUUUGAACUUCCCACAAUUCGAAGUUCAUUUCGUACCGACUGGAAACAAUAUAGCUCUACUAAACUGGAUAACCAUGCUAGUUGUCAGGUUUGCUGAAAUGUUUGAUGAGGAUGAGAGCUUUGAAAGUAUUACCGUAGAAGAGCAGAUAUUAUGUGACAUUGGCCUUAACAUCCUACUAGUUAAGCGGCUACUGAAAAAGUACGACAUUCCACAGAUAUUGAAGCACAUUAUUGCAAACUCUUGUGACCUGAAUGACUAUUUGACACCUUCACAACUUACCAGGCUGUCAACACUCAUCCAUUUGAAUUGGUGA